ACUCCUCGUGCACUUGCGUUUCCUUUCCUGUCUUUCAUCACUUGGCGGCGACAACAUGGAGCCAGAAACCUAAGUCUGUUAAAAUAUACCAAGAUAGACGACUAAACUGUUAAUGUAUAAUUUGCCUAACUGACCAAGUUCACCUUUCACGCUUACAGGUAUCCCCAAGGCCAGAAUGACUGAGGAACCUUUACCUAAAAAGGUUCGCCUCAGUGAAGGUGAUCUGAAGACUUUGACCAGAGAGGAGCUCUGUGAAAGGUGGAAGCAGGAGGAUGCUUAUGUGCAGAUACUUGAGACAAAAUACUCUGAAUUGAAUUCAAAUGAUGUGACGGGCCUGAGGGAGUCUGAGGAGAAGCUGAAGCAGCAGCAAGAGGCUGCCAGGAGAGAGAACAUCCUUGUUAUGAGGUUGGCCACAAAGGAGCAGGAGAUGCAAGAAUGCACAACCCAGAUCCAGUACCUGAAGCAAGCCCAGCAACCCAAUGUGGCCCAGCUGAGAUCUACCAUGGUCGACCCUGCGGUCUACUUGUUUUUCCUUAAGAUGAAGAGCGAACUGGAAGAGAACAAAGACAAAUUGGAGCAAGCCCAAAAUGAACUAAGUGCCUGGAAAUUUACACCUGAUAGCCAGACUGGAAAGAAGUUGAUGGCUAAGUGCAGGAUGUUGAUCCAGGAGAACCAGGAGCUGGGCAGACAGAUCUCUCAGGGUCGUAUUGCCCAGCUGGAGGCAGAGCUAGCCCUGCAGAAGAAGUACAGCGUGGAGCUCAAGAGCAGCCAGGAUGAGUUGAACGACUUCAUCAUCCAGCUGGACGAAGAGGUGGAGGGCAUGCAGAGCACCAUCCUGGUCCUCCAGCAGCAGCUCCGGGAGACCCGCCAGCAGCUAACCCUGAGAGAGAGCGCUGUUCCUGGGUCGGCCCCCCUGGACCACCACCCAGAGGCUGGCUUUAGCAAAGACUGCGAGGCAGGAUUGGUCAAGGCCUACGGACCAGGCAACACCAGCCCCUUUGAUAGGACAGAAACAGCUCCUGGCCCCUCCCCUUUCACAGAGGCAGAGACAGGCAUCAAUACGGAUCAGGAGUCCCUACCGUCUCCAUCUCCCUCCACCACAGGCACAGACUCCAAGCUCUCUAGCCACUUUAGGACCAUAACGAACCAGCUUAGCGAGGGCUAUGAGACUGUAGACUCCCCCACAGGUAGUGAUACCUGCGUCACACAACACUUUAUAGAGACAAACUCAAACCAGGACCCUCAGGAGAACAGGAUAGUGGCACGGACUAGUUCUAGCAAAGGCGGCAGGACUGUGGGCUCAUGCCCUACCCAGAAUGGGUUGAAUGUUACAGGGUAGGGUCUCAGAUAUUAAUGGCUGGUUUCCCGGACCCAGAGUAAGGCAAUUCGUGGAUUAUACUCUCAAUGGAUAGAAAUCAUGCCCCAGAAUACUGCCGUAGGUUACUGAUCAAAUGUUAUGUUUGCCCCAUCUAGAGAAAAGGUUCACCAGUAGUUGUUGAAUGUGAUAGACAUUCAUCCAGAUUUUUCUAUUAGUACAUCGUCUGUUUGUGCACGUAUGAUGUGUUAUGAUAACAAGGCGAAGUCAGACUUUUACUUGUUUUAAGUGUAACAAGUUGUCAUGUGCUGAAUACUUUCGUUUUUAACUUGAUUAUGAUUUCCCGUUUAUUGUGAAAAACAAAUGUUUACAAAAAUAUGACAUCCUGAAUUUGUAGAUGUUCGUUGCAGACUGAAGUACAAUAAAGGUUGUUUUUAAUGUAA